ACGCGACGCAUCUGGAAAGACGGUUGGGAGAUGCAAACGAGGGGAUCGAGAAUUAGAGUCUGUAUAUAGAGCGCAGGGAGGUCUGAUGAAAUGGUGCGAAGAGCGGACAUGUAUGUGUAUUGUAUGAGUAUCGAGAUUAUCAAAGAGAAAAAAAUACCAUAUGUCAUAUAUAUCAAAGAUAAAGCACACUGGAAAGAUAGAUGACCACCAGGGCCUCGGUCCAGAGUGGAGUUCCUUCCCCCGAAAAGGAGCAAUUCAAAGCAACGGCAUGUCAUCCGAAUUAAGAGGGCCUCGAAAUAGGGAGGUCUGUUUUCAAGUACCAGGCGCCAGUCCGCCAUGCAGUCACGAGAGCCAGGUCUGGAAGCGGAGCAAAGCAGUUGUGCUUAGAGCCAUCGGUUACAAGGAGGCACAUUCACUUAGCGACCAAGAACGGGAGAGACAGUCGCUCUCUGCGCCUGUCAUGCUCCCACCCAGACGAGUGGUCGACUUGCACAGGAACGCCCCCCGCGGCUGGUGUGCGACUCGGUGCGAUCAACGAAGAGAGAUAUCUCCAUGCAGGCGCACCAUCAGCAUCGAUACACGUUGUUUUCUUUGUGGGGGUAUAGUCGUUUCAUUUCGUGAGGAGCCAAUCAUUGUAAGCUGGUAUGUACAAGUGAACGUGCGAGGAAUAGGUAGGUGAGACCAACCCUGACAAGAUGAAUGAUUCCUCCUUAGCCCGGGUCCCCUUGUGCGUCUGGCAGAGCUGUUUGCGGAGGUGAAUGGAAGGAACACAUCUGUGUGGCGUGGUUGCAUGCUGUUCAUGAGUCGAAUGGUGGUUGAUUUUGAUAGGCGGGGAGUGCUGUGAUGUUCCAUCCCCGCCCACAGUUCAGUAUGCGCAUGCUGAGCU